CAGAGGUGCGGGCCGAGAACGACCCCCAUGGGGAGUGAGCUGCAGGCGCCCCCUGGCCCGGGGCUGGCGUCCGGGCGGAUGCUGGGAGCCCGGCAUGCACCCACCCUCACCGCUUCGGGGGCUCCGGCGGGACUGACAGGAGCCGCUGCGGGGCCGCGCAGGCCAGGAGUCCUUGACCCCAUGGACCUUCUCCGCACAUGGCCUUACCAGGUCCAACACCCUGGACGAAUGGUAUGGCGUGUACUCGGCUUGGGAAGACAUGAUGGAGAAGUACCUGAACCCUGCCCUGCGCAUGUCCUACAUCACCUACUCCACAACAUCCCGUGUCAGGAUGCCGCUCACCGGGAACAGGGGAACCUUUGCUCGAGUUAUGAGUGAAAUGAAAGAUAACUCACUUUCGGGUAUGGAGUCAAACUUGCAGGAGGGACUGAAACAGGCUAUCGAGCAGAUGGAACGAGCCAAUUCCGCUGCAAAGGUUUUAAGUGUGAUCAUCGCGCUGGUCAGUGGACCGAUCCCAAAAGCUUCAUUUGAGGAGGCUAAGGUGCAGGCUGCAAAGGCUCGGAGCCUGGGGGCAUACAUUUACGUGGUGGGUGUGAUGACCUAUGAGAAAUACCAGCUGGAGGCCAUUGCUGACAGCCCAGACCACGUAGAGGUGGUGGAAGGUCCAUCCAAGAGCCUGCAUGCACACGUGGACUGGUUUUGUACAAGGGCCUGUCUGGAGUUAAGAGAAGUGGAUCCUGAUCCCGUGUGUGCUGGAGAUGACAUUGUCAACUUCAUUGGUUACGGCUUUCAUAACGCCAAGACCGAGGACAACAUAAUCUGUAGGUUCAAGUUCAGUGACCGUGAUGUGGUUGAGGAAAAAGCGGUGCGUUUAGUAGGCAGGUUUAAGAUACAGUGCCCUCUGCCCAAGAAAGCGAAACCUAAUCAGAAGAUCAUUGUGGAAGUCAGCCUGAACAAAGGGAGGAACUUCUUAGCCAACGAUGUCAGCAUGACGGUCGUGCACUGCCCUGUUCGGAGAACGACCACCGUGCGUACGACCAUCAGAACCACGACUACUACGAAACCGCCUCCGCCCCCAACGCCCCCACCGACUACGAAACCAACCACCAUACCUACUACAAAGCUGACCACCACGACGACUCCUCCCACCACGACAACGACCCCUCCCCCACCGCCUCCGCAGCACCAUAAUCACCGUGCCUCACCCCAGCCUAGCUUUGGUGAUCACCACAUUCGCCCUGGCCUUGGCGCUGAUCUCAGUGCUGCUGUGGUGGCUCUGGUGGCUGUGCUGCAGGGAGCUGUUGCAGUCACAGAUAUUGUCUUCCCACUGUGGCUGCACCUGACCCUGAGCCUGGCCUCACUCUGGCCUCCUGCCCAGGCUGGUCCCAAGAACUUGGCCUGGGACACCUGA